AUGAAUUGUCUCGUGAAUUAUACCCUAACCGGCGAUGCAGCGUACGAUCAGCGAUUCCCGACAUCGGAUCCUGGAUCUUUGCAAUCUCAUUGUGGUCUUCGAGACAAGGUGUCUACCUCUUCAUUGCUCCGAGAUGAAGAAAGAACGUGUGGAACAUGGAGAAUUUAUACGAAUUGUACUGGACCUGAUCCAUCGCAUGUGUCAAGCGGACCUUCACAACGUGGAAAAAAGAAUCGACUUCAUCGUCAGCCUCAGUCCAUGUCCUCAUCUGAGGAAGAUUUGCCAUCUACAUCUAUACGAUAUGAUGAGGAGGAAAGGCAUCGAACAUCUAGUGGAUGCAUGUCUGAAAAGGAUCUUCUACGAUACAUCUACGGCCCAGAUAAAAUGAAGAAUAGUCGAAAGAGUGGAAUUGUUCGGCUGCGACGUUCGGCGGAUGAGUUCCUAUCUUCAAUCCGUGAACCUUCUGCUGCGUUUGUUCCCGGAGAUUUGCUAGCUGCGAAAAUCCGCACUUACCUCUCUCAUCCUGUAACAUGGCAACCAUCAGCUGAUCAACGCAAACUUAUUGGUCACAUGGUGCUACACAAAACAGACAAUUCAAGAUCUGGAGAUCUUGGGUUGAAGCACACCGCCAAAGCCCAUAACCUGAAAGGUCAACUGCCUGAAGGGAGCAUGGAAUCUUUGGCAACAACUAUUCGUUUCGUCACGCUGAACUGCCGAACACUAUCGAGUGAACUCCAACAAACCGCUCUAUCCAGACUUCUGCGAUAUCUCUGUGUGCCUUCUGCUGCACUGCAGGAAACAUGCAUGAGAGAUCGGCCUGUCAUCAGCAUCGAAAAUCACACCAUAUACUGCGGCGAUGCUGAUGAGAACAAAGAUCGCAGAGGACGUAAACUCUGGAUCGUAAGUGCUCACGCACCUACGGAAACCGCUGAGGACAACAGUAAGGACGCCUUCUAUGAUGAACUCAAUGCGUUGAUGUCUAAAAUACCAAGCCAGCAGGUGGUCAUUGUCGGAAUCGACGCAAAUGCGAAGAUGGGACUCGAACAGCAAUCCGAUGUGCUAGGAAAAUGGUACUAUGCAGCGGAGCGCAUGUCGGACAACGAGGAAUCAUCGACGCCAUCAGCUCACGUGGCAGGGUCAACCCUUUUAACGUCUGAAGAGCAGCGCAAGCGGGAGAUGAGGACUCUUAAACUUCAGCUCGACUACGUUCUGGCGAGGAACAUUCCUCACUUCAAGAUACGGUUCCACAAGAGAAACCGAGGAGUUCCUCUUCAACCGAAAAUCGACAUGGCAGGUCUGAAAGACGAUGAAUGCAGAACAAAAUUCUGCCAACAUGUGUCUAUUCAUGUUGAAAUACGGACCAGGAAGAAGCUUAGCGAUGCGGAUUCCUUCACAAAGUGCAUACAGGAUGCUGCAAGGGAAACGCUCCCAGUUCUAUUGCCGCGGAAGAAGUUUGCCUUUGCAUCUGCGGAAACAAAAUCCACAUACAAUUCUGUAUGUGUCGCGCGCAGCGCUGGUGACUUCAACCAGGAAAAGCGUCUUAGAAGGAAGCUGCGUCGUCAACUGCAACAAGACCGCGAUAACGAGUGGACGUCAAGAGCGAUGGAGUUUGAGAAGGCGUGGAAGGACACGAACCCGCGGAAAGCCUAUGCUCUACUAAAACAGUAUAGCGGCAAAAUGAAAAGAUGUUCUUCUUUCCUCAACACUGCCAAUGGAGUAGUUGUCGGUGAAGCAACCCUUCCAAUUUGUAGAGAGACCUUGCUGAACCGGCUAGCACCGUCAGCUCCUGAACUCGAGCACGUUCAUAGAUCGACAUAUGCGGUUAACGAGCAGCCACCGACCGAGUCGGAGGUCCUGGUCUGUAUUCAGAAAAUGAAGAAUGGAAAAUCUGGUGGAGACGACGGAAUUAGGGCAGAAAUGCUAAAAUAUCUUCCUCCGUCUGGGAUUCGUGAGAUGACAAAGAUCAUCCGUUCAAUAUGGAUAAACGAAAGGAUACCUGAUUCGUGGAGACACGCUAUCAUAAUUCCCCUCCACAAGAAGUUAUCCGUCACGGACCCAAGAAAUUAUCGAGGAAUCUCUUUGCUGCGUGUUAUGUACAAGGUACUGGAGCGCAUUAUCCUGGACCGACUCAUUAAACAUCGCGAAGAAACGACGCGCGACGAGCAAGCUGGCUUUCGUCCUGGCCGAUCUACGAUUGACCAGGUGUUCAUCGUCAGGAAAGUGAUCGAAAUCUGGCAGCGGUAUUCGAAGCCAAUGCAACUAGCGUUUCUGGACUUUAAAGCCGCUUUCGACUCUCCUCACCGAGGCCGUCUUCUCAACGCGCUUCGAGCCGAAGGAGUACCAGGAAAGUUCGUCCGCUUGCUUGAUGACAUGAAUCAACGAACAACUGCUGCAGCUCGAACACCAACCGGAAGUACAACACCGUUUGAAGUGGUAACUGAAGUAAGACAAGGGGCGGUGGCAGGACCCUUCCUGUUCAAUUUCGCCAUCGACGACACUUGA